AUGGUGUUUAACAACAGUACCGAUCGAGUAUUAACUCAUGAAGAAAAUAUUACUCGUGCUGAAUGUUAUUGGGCCAUGGCAGCAGCACAACUCGGCUUUAGCUAUGAUUCAUCACAAAAUAUUCCUGAAUUAUUUGCGUCAAUGUUUCCUGACAGUAAAGUAGCUGCCGAUUAUGCGAUGAAAGAUCAUGUACUUAAAGCUCCUGCCUAUUCGUUACUUUUCGAUGAAACAACUAUUGUUGGAGUACGAAAGCAACUGGAUUUACAUAUUCGAUACUGGAGCGAAUCCCAACAGGGUGUCGUAACACGAUAUUGGAAAAGUAUUAUGCUUGUGCAUGCGACUGCUGACAUUAUCAGUCACCAUUUACUCGAUUCAUUGAAAUCUGAGGGGCUCGAUUUGUCUAAAAUUCUUCAUUUGGGUAGGGAUAAUCCCAAUGUCAAUAAAGCGGUUGAAGCUAUGAUAGAGAAGGAAGCGCGAUCUGCCCAAGAGAAAAAAACAGGAAAUUCAUCAAACAAAGGUUUACUUCCAAUUGGACCUUGCCCACUUCAUAUUAUUCACACUGCUUUCAAACGAGCUAAUGAAAAGCCAGAUUCGAAACUCGCGAUUGGUGAAAUCACACGCAAUGAACUUCAAGAAAUGUCAACAAAUGAAAAAAUCAAAUUUAUGCAAGAUGUUCGCGAUAUUUACAAAACUAUUGCUCGAGAAUUGACACGUACGUUACCAGUGACCAACAAAUUUUUACAGAACCUUCAAUUCAUGCAUCCACUUCAACGGCAUCAUGAAUCUUCCAGUAAAAGUCUAAUGAUUAUCGCACGUGACUUGCCUCAACUACUAUCGGAUGACAAUCUUGAUUAUUUGAAUGUCGAAUGGCGUUUAUAUGAAAAUGAAACCAUUCCAGAAGAGUGGUAUCAACAAAAAACCACCAGUGGUGAUUCUGAUGAAGUUAUAAAGUAUCAGCCAAUCGAUAAUUAUUGGAAACAUGUUUUUGCAAUAAAAACCAGUUCAGGGAUUGCCAAAUUUGUCGUAUUACCUCAACUCAUCAAGAGUCUUCUAUCACUUUCACAUGGUAAUACCGAUGUUGAACGUGGUUUUAGCGAACAUGCAGCACUAAUCACCGACAAUCGAUCAUCUCUAAGUGACAUCUCCAUCAACGGACUUCGAGCAACGAAAGACGCCGUCAAAUUUUUGCGGACAACGAAAAGCUCACGAAGACUUCUUGGCAAUGUCAAGGAAGCACACUCACGAUAUCAAGUUGACCAAGAAAGAAAACAAAGAAUACUCAAAGAAAAAGAAGCCAUUGAAGCUGCUGCAAAAUUAACGAAAAACAAAGAACUAAUUUUGGUCGAAAAAGAACAAAAUCUAAUCGAUCAACGCAAGAUCUUACAACAAGAUCUAGAAAAUGCAUCUAAAAUGCUCAAUGAAGGCAAAUCACGGCUCGAAGCUGCAGUUGCAACGAAAAACUUUGCUGGUGUCGAAAUGGCACAACUACUUAUUGGAGGCGCGAACAAAAAAUUGGAUGCUUUGAAAGCACAACUCGGCGAUAAUACUGAUCAAAUGAAUCAGCUCAGAAAAAAAUUGAAAAAAUGA